AUGGCCCCUCCCUCAGAAAAAACCAAGGCUCAAAUCAGCCAGAUCCUCACCGGGGUCGAACACAUCACUCGGCACAAUCAAGACCCCUACAAGGUGAAGAUAGAGAACUUCAUCGGCUAUACGCACGUUCCGGUUGGAUUAGCUGGACCGCUACACAUUCGGACGCCCACAGGGCCCGACAAGGAGAUCUGGGCGCCCAUGGCCACCACUGAGGCGGCGGUAGUCGCCAGCUGCUGUCGCGGAUGCAAGGUUGCCAAUGCCUCUGGUGGUAUUGAAGUCCACAUGGGGGAGGAGGGCAUGACGCGCUGCCCGGUCUUUCGCUUCCAAAAUCCCGGAGAUGCGUUGCGAUUUGCGCGCGCGCUGCCUACCAUCCAGGCAUCGUUCAAGGAAGUGGCGGAGAGUACCAGCAAGCAUGCUCGCUUACAGAGCCUAAAACCGCAUACGAUCGGCCGCUCUGUCCAUCUGCUUCUGAGCUACGCUUGCGGAGACGCGUCAGGCCAGAACAUGGUGACUAUAGCUACAGAUCGGAUCUGUGACUGGGUGUCGAAGAACCUAGAAAAGGAAUAUAAGGUUGUGGACACACUUGUAGAAGGCAUGCUAUCCUCGGACAAGAAGCCAUCUUGGAGGAAUGUGGCCGUUGUCCGGGGUGUCGAGACCGUGGCCUGGACAGCUCUAUCCGACUCAGCAUGUGAGCGAGUCUUAGGCUGCUCAUCCGCACAGUUGUAUAAUUUCAUUCAGACGACCCAAGAAGCGGGGAUUCGGAAUGGUGAGCAUGGCAGCAAUAUCGACUCGGCCAAUAUAUUGGCAGCCAUUUUCAUUGCCACGGGUCAAGAUCCGGCGUGCGUCGCGGAUGCUUCGUGGGCACAUCUGACGCCGGAAUACGAUCAGGCGUCCAAGACAAUAACGUUAAGCCUGUAUUUCCCCUCCAUGCCUGUAGGGGUAAUCGGCGGAGGCACGCCAUACGCGACACAGCAGGAAGGCUUGCGGAUCAUGCAGUGCAAUGAACCCGGCGGUAAGCGACGCCUGGCUGGGUACAUUGCUGCGUUUGCUCUGGCGCUGGAGAUCAGUACGGCUUCUGCUGUGGUGACGAAGACAUUUGCUCGCAGUCACGAGCGGUUAGCACGUUGGGAGGCUAGUGAGAGGCCAAGGUCCAAAAUGUGA